UAAGGCAGGACAAAUUCACACGCGAGCCGAUCCCCCUCUUUUUUAUUCCCCAUAAAAAGGAAAAUUAAAAUAAAAUAAAGGAACAAAAUGCCGCGCGAGAUCAAAAACUUGAAGGAGUUUCUUGCGAUUUGCUCCCGCAAGGACGCGCGCUGCGUGAAGGUCAAGCACAAUCCGAAGGUUUCCAAGUUUAAGGUCCGCUGCAGCCGCUACCUUUACACCCUUGUCGUAUCCGAUAAGAAAAAGGCUGACAAAAUCGAGCGCUCAAUCCAUCCUUCUGUGAAGAAGAUCACCAUUACCGCGCGCAGCCAUGCGAACACGAACGCGAGCUCCAAAUAAACUUUAUACCAUAAAAAAAGAAGAGCAAAACGUCCGAAAGGGGAAGGAAGGAAUGAGUAGAGAGUGGUAAACUCGUUUUUUUACUUUGUGAAUUUUUCAACAGGCGUGGAAUUUUUGCCAGGACGGAACCAGAGCCGUCAAAGAAGACGAAGCGAUGACGGGUACAAGAGUGCAAUCUCGUGUGCUAUUGCUCUCUCUCUAUGUGUUGUGUUUUAUUGUUUACCUUUUUAACCAAAGUAAAUAAUAAUAAAAAUAAGAAUUUUACAAAAAGGAGAAAGUUCUUACUUCACAUUCAAGAGAUUCCUACACCUUUAUGUGGAGGAGGGAAGACUACACCUUUCCAUGUCACCGUGCCUGAUAUGGUGUUAGAUGCUUAAUCCGGUUUUGCGACUGCUUGAUUUUCCAUAACUGUUUCUGUCUCACCCACUUUUUUUUUCUUAUAAAAAAAACAUUUAUACUGAAUUACCAAA